UAAGCAAACAUUGACGACUUGCGAAGCCUACAUCCGUCGCAAAUGGUGCGCAUCGCGAGCGCAAAGACAUCGCCGCUCGCGCCUCAUGAGCAUUGGGUAUGGCCUUCAGCACCUCCGACCCUCGCUUCCGCCGCCGCUUGAAUGAGCUUGGUCAGAGCGUCGAGAAUGCCACCGAGCAGGCGCAGAGCAGCAUCUACAUCUUCGGCCAGAACUACAUUAAGCCCUGCUUUGACUCGGUGACAUCUUGUCUGACGACGUGCGUCGACGCCAGCUGUCCCUCGCUCAACUUGAGCCAGCGCGACCGAUUGCGGAGACAGCGCGGUCAUGCACGGAGUAGAGGGCGCGCGGAAUUGAGCUUUGAUUUCUAUGACGACUGGGACGACUUUGAUGAAAAUGAUGGGUUAUUGGGUUGGGGCGGUAAUGACGACUUCGACCGGUUAUUGGCGGGCAGUGGUGCAGGGUAUGGGUCUAUCUCACAACAGCCUGGAAGGCAGAGAGGGAUGAGCUAUUCAAAGACGCGGCGGAAGAGCGCUGCGCCAGCUGAAGGCGACGGAGCUGUCAUCACCGGCCCGGGCUUGUUUGGAAAGUUGUUUGGAGGGAAGGCGAUCAAAUACAGGCCGAGUGCGGCUGAUCUGCAGGAACACCCAGGCACACGGAGAUUGCGCAAAGAUAUGACAGAGGGCGAGGCUCUACUGGAAGAGAGUGAGGUUAGUGAUGCUGAAGGGUUGAGGAAGACCCAUAGGCGGGCCCGGAGCGGGACGGCGGGUUCUGCAGAGUCGACAGGCAGUUACAGCAGUCGAGGCGACAUCUUUCCUUCAGAUGAGGAAGAUGCGAUACCGCUCGAUGACGAGUUCGCUAUGGUGCUCGAGCGGAGGAAUACGCAGUCAGGACCGGAGACAGAGAGCAGCUCUGCUCGAACACGGAGCGACCGUGGUAAGCGGCCGUCGGCUGGUAGUAGAACUUCCACGCGUCGGACUGUGUCGUCUAGGAGUACGCGGAGCAGCGUACAGAAAGCCAACCGGAGUCGAAGUGGUAGUGGGGCAGUAACCACGCCCAUUGAAGAACGUCAGCCAGAGACGGAGGAAUUGACCGAGCCACCUGCGCUUAGCGAGCUGAAGCAGGAGGAACGCCAAGCUGAGCGCGAAGAAGAGGCGGAGAUCACGCGAAGACGCGAAGAAGCGCAAAGGCUGGCCGAGGAGCGUGGGCUAAAACACGAUGCUGACGAGCAGCUUCCCAGCAAGGAAGGCACGACUGAAGCUUCCGCGUCGGCUGCCACCACGACAGCCUCUGCCGAUGAGCCCAGCCAACUACCCACACCGCUGCCGACCGACGAUGAGGAAGAUUCUGCCCACCAGCUUCCAUCAUCCCAAUCAAAUGGGAAUAGCGCCGAGACGCCGUCGCAGGAUUAACCGUUAAACAGGUUGCAACUCUGUUGGAAUCGCUGACACGAUGAAACGCUUGUACGAAGUAGUAUGAGAUGUGUAGUAAUGUGUACCAAUAACGUCCUUCCGA